GAUGCAGCUGCAGACUCCAGCAAUUCCAUCGAAAUCGCGCUCGCCGCAUGCUUUGCUUACCACCUCGAUCAGGUAUUCAAGAGCGGCACGUACGUACGUAGGUCAGGUGUUCGGAGAAAUGCGCAUACAGCCCCUGCCGCGGGCUGCGGGUGCUCCCUUCUCCCCCAUGCCCCUUUCCCUUCUUCCCCUCUCUCUUCUCCCGUACGCCCAGCUAGAUUAUCAUUCAUUUUUUGUGUGCUCAAGUUUUAUCUUUGUUAAUUGCGUAUAUAUUUUAUCUGUCGAUGGGAAUUUCGUGGUAAGAUUUUGCUGCAAUACCUUUUAUACAUGUCUAUUCUCUUUUGUGCAUAUCAUUACUACUCCUUUAUAUUUCUGUGGGAUUGCUCUGUUUUGACAUUAUGGCUCAUGUUCUGUUUUUGUUUCUUCUCAAACACAGAGCAAUCUACCAUUUGAACUGUCCUGUCUUCAUGCUUUAGUGCCCUUCAGUGCUGAAACUAGAGCUCGCCCUUCAUCAACUUUUACUAUUUGACAUUUUUUUUCUAGAAUGCGUACUAUUUGACAUUUGAACUUCUCUUCGCAUGUACUCCGUAGUACUAUUAUGUUUUAGAUAUCCAGCCAUAAACCUGACAUGACAUACUGCAGCACCUGGAUUAAUGAUGCCUUUUGUUCUACUUCUCACAUAUGGCCAUAUAGGCUGUUGCUAAUCGAAUGCAUGCAUGUCCCUUGUGGAUUUAUAUGAGCAGGUGUAGGUCCUAAAAUUGUAAAAUCUGGCUACGUUUCAAGUGGUGUGCAAUGGGGAUUUAUUAUGCCUGUGCAUAUAUUCAUCCAACCAUAGCUUACUAUCAGGAAUCAAGACAUUGAGUUUCUUUGGUGCUUCUCUGAGUUCAUCAGUUACAUUUUCUAUCCGUUGUCUUCUAUUUUCGUUCUGCUAUGCUGAUCUUCCAUAUAUAAAGAGCUUCAUGCGUUAUUGCGAUGGUGAUCCGUGAUUUCAGGAGUUAUGGUGCAGGAAGGGUCAAAGCUUUGUGUUUACCGCAAGUUCAUCCAGAAAUCAGAAUAUUUGAAGAUUUUAACCUUUCAGAUGGUCGAUCGAGCCAGGCCAAUCCUUCUGAGACCUGAUUGGUACGUAACAUAUAUUGAGCAUAUUUUAUUUUCGGCAAGGAUCUAAAUGACACGUAGAGUCAAUGCAAUACCUAGCAUAUUUUAUUUUCGGCAAGGAUACAUGCUACCGGGUCAAUUCGAUUGACCGGAUUAGGAUUCGAUACAAGUAGCCCCAAGCAAUUUGGGGGAGAAGAGAGCCGGGGCAGGAAGAGAGUUUGGACGACAAGUUCAGGUUCAACUUAUUCGACAAGACAAAAGCAAGUACAACACGAUGCUUAAGUAGCUGGCUUCCUGCCGAUGCCUUCGAACUUCCAAGUCUGUGGAUUGUAUCGCUUGUUGGGCUUUGGCUCUCGCUUGGGUCGGCCAAGCUCGGGCCCAUCAUCUUCCUCAGUAUCUUUUGAAGCAGAACUCGAACUGUUAUCCUCUGCUUCAGGUUCGUCAGGGUUGAUUGUAGGAUCUGCCGUGACAUUUCCCCCACCUUGAGAACUGGCUUGACCCCAAGCCGGGGCAUCUGGGUAGCGAUGACGGAGCUUGUUGAGGUUCUCCCAUGUAGCAGUUGACGGGGGUUGGUUGCUCCACUGGAUUAGGACCUGGGCAGUGGCAGUAGUGCCACGGCGAUAGAGGCACGAUCCAGGACUGCGUCUGGUACUGGUUCAGUAGCCGGGGUAUCAUCAGGCACCGCGUUCCUCCAUUACGGGAGUUGCAGGAGGUGGUGUCUGAUGGAGCUAAGAGACAUGGAGAACAGGGUGAAUUGAGCUAGUUGGUGGCAGAGCAAGCUUGUACGAUACCUCGCCAAUUCGUUGAAGUAUUUGGUAGGGGCUGUAGUACUUAAAAGCCAGCUUCUGAUUCGCCCGCGUCACAUCAGAACGCUGAAUAUAAGGCUGCAGCUUCAUGAACACCCAAUCGUUGACUGCAAAUUGUCGCUCGAAGCGAUGCUUGUCGGCCUGUGCUUUCAUGCGCUGACAGGCUCGAUGGAUGUGAUAGUGUAGUGAGUCAGCCACAACUGCCUGUUCUUGCAUCCAGGUAUCAAGCUCAGGCACGGCACAGUCAGAGUCUACAAUGCCAAAGUGACGAGGCGUGUGUCCAUACAGGGCCUCAAAUGGAGACAUUCCUAGAGUAGAAUGAUGCAAGGAAUUGUACCAUAGUUCCGCCAAUGCCAACCAGUGACUCCAUUUCUUGGGGCAGGUGUGGACGAAACAACGGAUAUAAGCUUCAAGGCAUUGAUUCACCCGCUCCGUUUGUGGGUGGUAAGCUGAGGACAUGCGCAGCUGAGUGCCCGCCAAACGGAAGAGAUCUUGCCAGAACGCACUGGUGAAAAUGCGAUCUCGGUCCGAUAUGAACGCCGCCGGCAGCCCUUGCAAUUUGUAUACAUUUGCAUUAUAAGCUUGGGCAACUUGGUAUGCAGUGAAGGGAUGGGACAGAGGUAUGAAGUGGGCAUACCUCGUAAAUUUGUCGACAACGACGAGUAUGCAGUUAAAUCUUAUGGACUGCGGCAAUCCUUCAACAAAGUCCAAAGAGACGACUUGCCAAGCUUGUUCAGGAACCGGCAAUGGUUGAAGUAAGCCCGGGUAAGGCACAUGCUCAGGUUUAGCCUCCUUGCGGACGGUGCACAAGGCCACGUAAUCACGGAUCGCUUGCUUCAUGCCCGGCCAAGAGAAUAGGCGGCGCAUACGCUGGUACAUGGCUUCGGCGCCGGAAUGUCCACCCACGGCACUUGUAUGCAUGGCUUCAACCAGCACCUGGUGAAUGGCCAGUGAGGAGCUGGGCCAUAUCUUGCCACGGUAGCGGAUGAGAUCGUCCUGAACUUGAUAGGAGGGGCAUCGCGAUCUGGGGCAGUGCGGUUCUUUAGAAGAAUAGCUUGAGCUGCUUCGUCAGUCGCGCAGCCGGAGAUAAUGUCGUGUAACCAGGACGGCUUACAGAUAGACAAAGCACAGAGUUCAGGAACUGUAUUUUCCACUUGGCGAGACAGAGCGUCCGCGGCUCCAUUUUCAGUGCCCUUCUUGUACACGAGUCUGUAAUGGAGGCCAAGAAGCUUUGUCAGUGCUUUAUCCUGCCAUGGUGUGGUCAGCCGCUGCUCAUCCAAAUGUGUUAGACCGCGAUGGUCCGUCCUAAUCUGAAACUCUCCAUUCUGCAGGUAUGGGCGCCAAUGAUCAACAGCAAGCAAGAUGGCGAGAAAUUCAUUUUCAUAUGCUGAUAAUCCUUGAUUUUUGGGGCCAAGUGCUUUGCUAAGAAAUGCAAUUGGAUGCUCUCCUUGCAUAAGGACGGCGCCAAUGCCCACGCCAAAGGCAUCUGUUUUGACCACAAAAGGCUGAGAAAAAUCCGGUAAGGCCAACACAGGUGCAGAAAUCAAAGCUUCUUUCAGAUGUUGAAAUGCCGCCUCGGUAUCCUCAGUCCAAACAAAAACUGUGUGUUUCUUCAGCAGCAUUGUUAAGGGCUUGCUGAUAAGACCGAAACCAUGGACAAAUUUUCGGUAAUACCCCGCCAGACCAAGAAAACCACGUACCUCCUUAAUAUUAGAUGGACGAGGCCACUUGCGCAUAGCUGAAAUAUUCUUCUCGUCAGUGGAGACCCCGGCUGCACUGAUCACAUGACCCAGGUACAUGAGCGAGCGCUGCGCAAACCUGCACUUGGACAACUUUACUUUCAGGUGGUGCUGCUUGAGGAUCUCAAGCACUUGGUGCAAAAGUUGUUGAUGAGCUUCGAGUGUCUUGCUGUACACAAGGAUAUCAUCGAUGAACACUAAGACGCCCCGACGAAGCAAAGGCGCCAGAAUUGUAUUCAUAGUAUUUUGAAACGUGGCGGGGGCGCUAGUUAAGCCAUAGGCCAUGACACGCCAUUCAUAAUGACCUUGAUGAGUUUUGAACGCCGUUUUCGCUUCGUCCUCAGGCUUCAUCCUGAUUUGAUGGUACCCGGCACGGAGAUCUAAGCUAGUGAACCAAGUAGAGCCAGCAAGUUCAUCCAGCAAUUCAUCGAUGAUGGGCAUUGGGUAGCGAUUCUUCACUGUGAUGGCAUUCAAGUGGCGGUAAUCGACACAAAAGCGUCAUGUGCCGUCUUUCUUCUGCACCAGCAAAACAGGAGACGCAAACGGGCUGAUGCUCUGCCGGAUGACCCCAUGUUGCAACAUUUCCUUGAUUUGAUGAUCAAUUUCAUCCUUCUGCGCCGGGGUAUAGCGAUAAGGACGCAAAUUCACAGGUUGCGCCCCCGGAAUCAACGGAAUCGUAUGAUCAAAUGGCCGGGACGGCGGCAAUCCUGAUGCCUCUUGGAACAGGGUACUGAACUGAGCUAAUACCUCUGUGAUUGCUGAUGGAAUUGGUGUCUCUUGUUCUGUAGACGGCUCCUCCUCAAGAGCACAAAUAUGAACAAUGUGCUGCACCGCGUCAGUUGACACCAGGCGCUGAAGUUGAGGUGCCGAAAGAGCCUUGCAAGGAGCUAUCGUUGAGCGCGCACCUUGUAAGUGGACACGCUGGCCCUUGUAUUGAAACGAGAGGUGCUUCUCAAGCCAAUGUACAUCCAUGGGACUGUGCGUCUCGAGCCAAUCCAUACCAAGGAUUGCGUCAUAGCAGCCGACAGGCAAAAUCUUGAGAGUUGUAUUGAACGUGACAUCCCUAAAUCCACCAUUUGCAGUCUGGGAUCUCGCUAGUGCACAACAUCGUACCUCCGUCUGCAAUGCGAACACGCAUAGGUGCUAAUGCUGUUUGAAUCCCCUGAACUUGAGCUGCAAGUCUGUCACUGAUGAAACUAUUAGAGCUGCCCGAAUCCAGAAGCAUUAGGACAUGACUGGUUUGUAUUUGGGCCGCUAAGCGAACUAUGCGUGGCGUCAGUCGACCAUCAACAACUUCGCGAGAAAUAGUCAUAAGUGCUGGUCCAUCAGACACAUCAGUGGGUUCUUCAGGAUCUUCGUCACUAGCAAAGAGCUCAAACAGUUCCUGCACCACAUGCAAUUGAACUGCAGUGGCACACUUGUGCUCCCGAGACCAUUUCUCGCCACAGACAUAACACAGUCCUUUGGCUCGCCUAAAGGCGCGCAGUGUUGCCACACGAUCAUCAGUAGAUGAUUGGCGACCCUUGUCGGCACCUCUGCGUUCACUUGAUGCCGGAGGUGGUCGACCCGGCGGCGACGGAGUCAUGAGAACUGCCUUGCCCGUCUGCUGCACUGGAGUGCUGAACACAGGUGUGGAACUAGACGCGCAUCCGUCAGGCCCAGGGCCUCUUCCUACAAAAAUGCCAACUCGACAGCAGCAUCCAAAUCUUGUGGUUUAUGCACCAAAAUGACAGCACGGAUAUCUGUGCGCAAACCAUCUAUGAAUCUAGACAUGAAAAGCAUGGGAUCCCAGUGAGGACUAUGUGCAAUAAGGUAAUGCAUGACAUCAGAGAAUUGACUCUCAUAUUCAGCUAUAGUGCCUACUUGGUGGAUGUGAAAUAGCUGACGGAGUAAUUGCUGAAAAUCAUCCCUCUCAAACUUGGCACAAACGAAGGCACAUAACUCUUCCCAGCUCAUACGAUCAAGAUUAAAAGUGCUAUUCUCGAGCCAGCGCAUAGCAUGACCUGUGAAGUGAAUUGUAGCUGUGUCUAUCCAAAAUUCAGGAACAAUAGCAAACACACGAAAGUAUGAUUCACAAGUUUGUUGCCAGGAUCGCGGCCGCUCGCCACCGAAGGAUGGAAAAUCCAUCUUCGGCCGUGGGGCAUGAGCAGGAUGAGGGGAACAACAAGCGAUCUCUGGGGAACCCGAGGUGUUAUGAGGAUGAUCAGAGAGGUAGUACGUACCCUUGGCCGGGGAGGGUGAGGGGUUGCCCCCAAAACACCGACCCCGAGGCUGAAAGGCGUCGCGGCGGCCAUUUGGCCCGGUGGACGUCUCGGCUCCACCACCAAGGAUGCUCGGUAAAUCAGAUGGGCGGAUAUGCAACACCGGGUUGCGGGAGAGAGUGAUGAACUGCUUCCGCAAAUCGCCCAUCUCGUGACGCAGAUCGCUGAUGGCGGACUCGGUCACCGGUUUUCAGGACGAGAGAUCGUGAAUCAUGGGGCGGAGCUCCACUAUGCCGGCGCGAAUCACGGGGAUCUCGGGCAAUGUUUCUUGCAUCGCCGGCAAGCCGCUCACCGCUGCUUGGAUGCUGGCGAGCGCCUUCGCAAGAUCCGCGGGCUCCAUAGAUCGACGAGUCUCUUGAUACCAAUUGUCACCGGCUCAAUUCGAUUGACUGGAUUAGAAUUCGAUACAAGUAGCACCAAGCAAUUUGGGGCAGAAGAGAGCCGGGGCAGGGAGAGAGUUUGGACGACAAGUUCAGGUUCAACUUAUUCGACAAGACAAAAGCAAACAGAACACGAUGCUUAAGUAGCUGGCUUUCUGCCGAUGCCUCCGAGCUCCCAAGUCUGUGGAUCGUAUUGCUUGUUGGGUUUUGGUUCUCGCUUGGGUCGGCCAGGCUCGGGCCCAUCAUCUUCCUCAGUAUCUUCUGAAACAGAACUCGAAGUGUUAUUCUCUGCUUCAGGUUCGUCAGGGUUGAUCGUAGGAUCUGCCGUGACAAUACAGAGAAAAAAAGAAAAAAAAAACCUACUUUCCCUAUCUCGCUUCGAUUCUGUCUCUUUUCCUCCAAACCAGAAUAGAAUACCAGAUGCAAAUCCAAAAUUCCCCCAAAACGCCAUACUCAUACCUCUCGCAGCACCCCGCUCAUUACUCCCUUGCUCAACACGCGUCCUUGGAUCGUCGAUCGGCAUGUCACUCGCGCGCCGCCGUUGCGCGCGCGUGUCGUCCGCCGCCGCGGAAUCCUCCUCCGACGCAUCUCCCUGGGCUUCUCUCCACGAAGACCUGAUCCCCCUCAUCGGCUGGCGGGUGCUGGAGACCGGCGACCUGCUGGACUACGUCCGCCUGCGCGCCGUCUGCCGGCAAUGGAGAUCCGCCACGCCCUCCCCUCGCGGCCGCGGCGUCCUCGACGCGCGCUUCCACCCGCGCCGCUGGAUGAUGCUCCCGGAAGGCCACGGCCUCCACCCGGGCCACUACAAGCUGCGCGGCUACAUCCGCUUCUUCAACCUCUCCACAGGCGCCAUCGUGCGCCGAAAGCUCCCGCUAUUCAGCGACCACUGCGUCCUCGACUCCGCCGACGGGCUCCUCCUCCUGCAGCGGGACCAGGACUCCGCCAUCCGGCUCCUCCACCCCUUCACCGGCGACAUCGUGGACCUCCCACCUUUGAAGACGCUCAGGACAGGGAUAGCGGAGGAGACAGUUCCUUGGCAGUUUUACAGGACCGUCGGCGCCACCAUCUUCAGUGUGGCCGCCAAUGGAGUCGUCACCGUCAUGCUUGGGCUCUAUGAGAUGGGGCGGGUAGCGUGUGCCACCACCAUGGACCAGCGAUGGAGGUUCUCGGCAUGGACCUUCAAACGUAUGUGGAGGCCAAUGGCAUUCCAAGGCAAGAUGUACCUGUUGGAAUGCCACAAUUUCCAAAGCGACCUGCAGAUUCUCGAGAUUGACCCGCCCCGGCCAGAGGAUGUCGCGGACGCCGGUCAUUUCUGCUCGCCACCGGAGCCAAAGUUGAUCGCCACGUGUCCAGCAGGCAAGCUUCAGAUGCCUUACCGCCUCGUGGAAUGCGACUCUGAGAUCCUGGUGGUCGGCCACAACGGCAUGCUCUCGCCGCACAUUGUGGUUUACAGACUAGCUGACAUUAUCCGAGGCACGAUUGCGCCGGUGACGAACAUCGGGGGCAAUGCUAUCUUUGUUGAAGAACGGCUUCUGAGCGUCAGCAGUAGAGUGCACCCUACAAUUGUGCCUGACUCCGUUGUGAUUCUCCAUCCCGAGGAAUUUUAUCUUGGGCACUACCACCUCGCUAGUGGGACGUGGUUGCCAACAGCAGAUGGAUGUAUCAGAGGCAAUAACGGUGUACCCAGUCCUUGUAGCUUCAUUUACCAUAUCUUCACCUGCUGCCAUCGUGCUACUUGGAACAAAGGGGCACUUCUUUUUCAGGGUUUGCUGCAACCUCCUUGGAAGGUAAAGAGAAAGUGGCGAACGGGGUCCUAAAUGAUUCCUGUGCCCUGGAGGCUGGUGCCACAUGGAAAGGACUGUUUCUGUCUUCUACAAAAGAAUGAUGUACGGCAGAAAGGCAUGGAAGAUCAAGGAAGGAUGGAAGAGUCUAAAUUAUCAGCUCAGACUUGCUCUUCAAUAGGUGCCCGCCUGAACAGGCACUCAGCCUAGUGAGCUGUGACAUGGAUGCUUCAUGUUCUUUUAAAUUAUUGUGAUCUUUAUAAAUCAAUGUAUCUUCUUCAUACCGUUAAAAUUAUUCUAAUGUAGCUCCUGGUGUUAUUUGGCAAUUUCCAGAUCUAUGCAUUUAGGUUGCAAA